CCCGUGCCCCCCCCACUGCAGCCCCUGCAGAUCAAGGCCGUGGUGGCCCCGGAGCACGUCAGGGGGUACCUGUACGUGGAGGCCUACAAGCAGACCCACGUGAAACAGGCCAUCGAGGGCGUGGGCAACCUGCGCCUGGGCUACUGGAACCAGCAGAUGGUGCCCAUCAAGGAGAUGACCGACGUGCUCAAGGUGGUCAAGGAGGUCACCAACCUCAAACCCAAGGCCUGGGUCCGGCUCAAGAGGGGCAUCUACAAGGAUGACAUCGCCCAGGUGGAUUACGUGGAGCCAAGCCAGAACCAGAUCUCCCUCAAGAUGAUCCCCAGGAUCGACUUCGACCGCAUCAAAGCCCGGAUGAGCCUGAAGGACUGGUUUGCCAAACGCAAGAAGUUCAAGCGGCCGCCCCAGAGACUCUUCGACGCCGAGAAAAUCCGGUCCCUGGGGGGGGACGUGGCCUCCGACGGCGACUUCCUGAUCUUCGAGGGCAACCGGUACAGCAGGAAGGGCUUCCUGUUCAAGAGCUUCGCCAUGUCGGCCGUGAUCACGGAGGGGGUGAAGCCCACCCUGUCCGAGCUGGAGAAGUUCGAGGACCAGCCCGAGGGCAUCGACCUGGAGGUGGUGACUGAGAGCACAGGGAAGGAGCGGGAGCACAACUUCCAGCCUGGGGACAACGUGGAGGUGUGCGAGGGGGAGCUCAUCAACCUGCAGGGCAAGAUCCUGAGCGUGGACGGCAACAAAAUCACCAUCAUGCCCAAGCACGAGGACCUCAAGGACAUGUUGGAGUUCCCAGCCCAGGAGCUCAGGAAGUAUUUUAGGAUGGGUGACCACGUGAAGGUGAUCGCGGGGAGGUUCGAGGGCGACACGGGGCUGAUCGUGAGGGUGGAGGAGAACUUCGUCAUCCUCUUCUCUGACCUCACCAUGCACGAGCUGAAGGUGCUGCCCCGGGACCUGCAACUCUGCUCCGAGACGGCAUCGGGGGUGGACGUGGGGGGGCAGCACGAGUGGGGGGAGCUGGUGCAGCUGGACCCCCAAACCGUGGGGGUGAUCGUGAGGCUCGAGAGGGAAACCUUCCAG